AUGAUCCAACAGAUUGAAAUCCCGGAAGACCAGACGGCGAAUCAGGCCAUCCUUGACGAAGAGACCGAUGAAGACACUGAUAUCGAGGACUUCGAGGAUGAUGACAUCAGCAUGGCUGAAGAUAACGAAGUCGAGGAGCAGGGACAACAACAAAGCGAAGAGCAGGAAAGAAGACUACGGAGAGCGCGGGAGCUGGAAGAUGCAUACCUAACGCCACCAGCUUCUGACCCGGAGGAAGAAGAACCACAUGGAGUCUUUUCGGUUCACUUUCCAUACGCUGACCCUAAUGGGGUGGUGGUAAAAGCCCCUUUCCAAGUCGAUCUGGAGCCGUUGCAAGCUCAGAAGAGAGUCCGGGUUCAGGAUGAUCCUGAAGAGGAGGCUCACCCUGAGGGGGUGGGUUGCUCUCUUGGAGGAGCGGCAUUUCAAGCCGACCUUGAAGGCCUGAUGAAAGAAUCGCGUUUGAAGGCUCUGGAACCAUUUGAUCAACCAGAGCUGGAUCAGUCAUACAUCGACCGUUUUGCCGACUUCGUCCCGGUGCAAAUUGAGGACGGGGUGCACGGAGCCUUCACAGCAGGAAGGUUGUUCAGACCGAAAAGCGCAAAAGUCCACAAGAGAGACCUACCCGAGCCUCCACAGACGCAGAAGCAACUAGAAAAACACCCGUAUAGAGAGGAAUUCACCCAGGCUCAGAGAGACCACCUGGCCUCACAUGCGGAAAUGGGCUCGUUUGACGAGGUCUUCUGGACGAAGGCUGCUGGAAAGCAGGUCCUCGGUUGCAAGUGGAUGGAUGCGGUCAAUGCUUUUGUUCAUGCCCCCCUCGACGACGAAGAAGUUAUCUUCAUGAGGAUGCCACCGGGGUUCCAGAAGAGGGGGAAAGUCCUACGCCUGAGAAAAGCUCUCUACGGACUACGCCGCUCGCCGCUCCUCUGGCAACAGAUGCUUACGUCGUCUCUAGAGGAACUGGGAUUCAGAAAAGUUCCCCAGGAGCCGUGUGUCAUGAUGAAGGGAGCGGUGACCGUCUUCUUCUACGUUGAUGACAUCAUCUGGGCAUUCCGGAAGGAGGACGAAGGGGUCGUCGAAGAAGCUACUCGGGGACUACAGAAAAAGAUCAGCCUAACUCGGCUUGGAGAACCUCGCUGGUUCUUGGGGAUUCACGCCUAUAUCGACAAGAUCGCACACGCCAAUGAUCUCUGA